AGGCCCCGCGGAGAGCGCGCCUGCUGCGAGGCUUUUCCUUGUCGGAAGGGCGAGAGCGGCGCUGCGCAAGGGGCGCUGGCUGGACGCUUCCCGGACGCUCUGCUCGCUGCGCUUCGGAGCGCGCCGCCAGGUUUGCAGAAUGAGUUACCCAGGUUAUCCUCCUGCAGGUGGAUAUCCACCAGCUGCUCCAGGCAGUAAUCCUUGGGGGCCCCCAGGCUAUCCUCCUGCAAACCGUCCUCCGAUUGGGCUGGAAAAUGUUGGGAAUUACACCAGUCAGUUUAAUCCAGAUUAUAUGGCAGGCAUGGCUUCCAAUAUGUCGGGAACUUUUGGUGGUGCCAACGUACCACAAGGCCUGUACCCUCCAGCUUCCGGUGGCUACCCUCCAGUCCCUCAAGGGGGCUUUGGGCAACCUCCUCAAGGGGGCUUCGGGCAACCUCCACAAGGACAGCAGCCGCCUUAUGGAAUGUACCCCCCAGCGCCCGGAGGAAACCCUCCUUCAGGAAUGCCGUCUUACCCAUCAUAUCCUGGGGGUCCCAUGCCACCAGCAGGACAGCAGCCCCAGCCAGCGACAUACCCUGGGCAACAGCCCAUGCCAAGUUAUCCUCCUGGGCCAGCGGUGAAUCCUUCUAUGCCAUCUUACCCAGGACCUACAAUGCCUACAGUUGUUCCUGCAGCAUCUGGAAACCGAGGCACAAUCCGUGAUGCUCCCUCAUUUGAUCCUCUAAGAGAUGCUGAAGUCUUACGGAAAGCCAUGAAAGGAUUUGGGACAGAUGAACAGGCGAUCAUCGAUUGUCUCGGAAGUUGUUCCAACAAACAGCGACAGCAGAUCAUCCUUUCCUUCAAAACCGCUUAUGGAAAGGAUCUGAUCAAGGAUCUGAAAUCUGAGCUCUCAGGAAACUUUGAGAAGGCUGUCUUGGCAAUGCUGAAGACACCUGUCGGGUUUGACGUUCAUGAAAUUAAGGAGGCUAUCAAGGGCGCUGGCACAGAUGAAGCCUGCCUGAUAGAGAUCCUGGCAUCUCGCAGCAAUGAACACGUUCGAGAAAUCAGCAGGGCGUACAAGACAGAAUUCAAGAAAACGCUGGAAGAAGCCAUCAGAAGUGAUACAUCUGGACACUUCCAGAGGCUUUUAAUCUCACUUUCUCAGGGAAACAGGGAUGAAAGCACCAGUGUGAACAUGUCGCUUGUCCAAACUGAUGCGCAGGCGCUGUAUGCAGCAGGAGAGAACCGACUUGGGACGGAUGAGUCCAAGUUCAAUGCAAUUCUCUGUGCCAGAAGCAGAGCUCACCUAAGAGCAGUUUUCAGUGAAUACCAGCGAAUGUGUAACCGUGACAUUGAGAAGAGCAUAAGCAGAGAAAUGUCUGGAGACCUCGAACAAGGGAUGCUGGCAGUAGUCAAGUGUCUGAAGAACACCCCCGCUUUCUUUGCAGAGAGGCUGCAUAAGGCCAUGAAGGGAGCGGGGACCAAGGACAGAACUCUCAUUCGGAUCAUGGUGUCACGCAGUGAGGUUGACUUGCUGGACAUUCGGCAGGAAUACAAGCGAAUGUAUGGCAAAUCUCUGUACACGGACAUUACGGGUGACACUUCAGGAGACUACCGGAAAAUCCUCCUCAAACUGUGUGGUGGAAAUGAUUAAGCAGGACUUCCUGGAUUUUUUUUAUCAUUCGUUCAAAACUAUCAGCUGUUGAAACUCCAAAUUUCCAAAGCAUUCUUCCUAUACAGUGCUAUGUUGGAUAAAAUUAUCCCAGUAUAUUCUAUUCUUUUAAAGAAUGCGUGCAUAAAUUCCUACUAUAAUAGAGGCCGCACUGGAUAGUUUAGGUCAUAAAUAUGUUUUUGCACCCUUUACAAAAGAAAUCUUUUUGUCUGCAUGAAGGUAGUGGAGUUGCAUGGAAAUUUCCCUUUUUAUGAGUGUGUAGGAGCAAAUGAGAAAAGUGUAACACUAUUCUUAAAAGUAUAAAAGAUUUGUGUGUGUCUCUGUGUGGUGUAUGACAGAUGCUUUGCAUCGGCGCACUGUUGGUAGCCUGGAUCCAAAAUGCUGGCCUUGAAGAGUGAUUGGGUCUUGUUCCCUUCUUGUUGUCCAAGAAGCAAUGGGAACCCGACUAGAAAUCUCUGGCUGUUGUAUAUCCUGGAGAAAGAACUAAGUGAAUUGAGAUGUACCAUAUUAAUCUGAACAUGAGAUCUCAUAAUCUUGUACACACUGUCCCCAAAUGAAAUUGGCGGUGGGGGGGUGAAUUGCAGAGUCCUGCAGCCACUUUUAAUUGUUCCUUUCUUGAUGAAGAAAAGUCGACUUUCCGUCUCUCCCUAUAAGCGAUGCAUGAACAAAGCUGCUGUGUGCUUUUUGUAGGAUAAUAUGCACCAGGCUUUGGUGCUGUGCAAACUUUGUUAAUGUGAAUGUGAUGUGCAGAGGAGCAUGGAAGUAAAUGUAGAUUACUUAUUUGCACAUGAUGGAUUUGGUGUGUUUUGGCAAAGGAAGGACAUGAUCCAGUCGAACACUUUAUAACGUACUGCUUUAUUUUAGUAGAUAAGGCUUAACUUUCCCUGUUAAAAACAGCAGUUCUGAACUGUAGUUAGUUUCCAAAACAAAAACAAAACCCGCAACUGAGUCUUGUUGCAUUUGUUGAGAUGGUCUAAGGUUUAGUAAGCCAGAACCCACUUCGUGUUCAGAGGGAAGAACUGUAGAUCAGGGCUUUUUUUCCAGAGGAACGCGGGGGAACGGAGUUCCGGAACCUCUUGAAAAUGGUCACAUGGCUGGUGGCCCCGCCCCCUGAUCUCCAGA